CGUCUCUUCUCUCAGUCAACAGUAAUGACUUUUUAAUGGAAGGUAAUGGAAGAAAGCAAAUGGCCUGGGUGGCGAACUUUCCACUGUGGUAUUUUAACAUUCUAUAAAUUCACCUCAGCUCAGCAGCAGGAGGCUGUGGUUUGCAGGACCUUGGCGGUGACUAAGGUAAUUAUUAAGGACUGCGGUGAGAUUAUUACAGGCUGUUAAUGUCCGUCAGGACCAGACCUGCCAAAAUUUCAGUUGUUAGACGAGCGGCUUGGUUUAUUGUUUCUAUCACUUUAAUCUCUUAAUUGAGUGGAAAUUCUGGGCACGGCAGAGUCGUAGUUUUGCGUCGUGACUGGCAGAUAUCGAUCUGUGUGAAGUGUGCUCAAAGUGUGGGUGUGCGCAUGGUAAUGGGAUGUGCUUGAGCUCGACCACUAAGGGAUUACCGUAGCAGAGGCUUUGCAUUGUUUGAUUGUUAACCAGUGCAGACGGAUCUUUAAUCAAUUUAGUUUUAUCUGAAUUCCUGGAGUUCAUUGUUAAUGGUUGAUUCUCCACAGUAGUCCUCAUCGCAUUUAUUUAUUUUUUUCUCCACUUUACAAGAUGAUGACUCCUUCGCAGCCGUCACGGAAUGAUCAGGAUUGUUUUCAGCUCCAGAGACAAAGGGACGAUGACUCUAACGGAAACAGCACUAAAGUGGCGACAGGUGGAUCCAGCCUGGGCCAGAGCCAGAGCAGCACCAACUCAGAACCAGACACGCUGAACAUAGACUGCAAAUCCCAUGAGCCUCAGGGGGCCAGGGAAAGGCCUGACUCAAGUCUCUCCACAUGUUCUGACAAAUUUAAGAGCAGCAGCAGUAAUUAUUCCUCAGACGAUUCCUACCUGCCUGGAUCUGGAGAGGAUUGUGCUGCUCUCCUGCUUACCUGUCUGUAUUGUCGAUUCCACGAGUUCAUGGCCCUGCUGCCUGGUACGUGUGUGAGGGCGGUGCGACGGUGUUUUCCUUCCUACAAAUACAUCAUUGCAUCCGGGGUAAUGGACGAGCAGGGUCUUGACUGCUGUGGUCAUCAACUGGAGCUGGAGUGUAAUUUAUUCAACUCUUGCCAGGACCCCUCAGAACUGGUGGAGUUGGCAAUGGAGAUCUCGGAGGUGUGCUACCGCUGAGCUGCUCACCACAAGCCUGCACAUAUGGCAUCAUCAUCAGUUUAAAAAAAAAAACACUGCAUGUGCAAAUAUACUGUACCAUGUGUCUCACAAAACUGUUUAAAACCUGUUAAUAAAACACUACAGCAAAUUUGAAAAAUGGCACAAACGGUCACUUUUUAUAAUUCUUUGCAC